CUUCUGGUGAUAUAUUCCUAAUUUCCACUUCUUUCCCUCUCCACAAAGCGUUCUUUCACCUAAAAAAAAAAUCCCUGCGAACUCUUCCUCUUUUCUCCUUCAAUGGAUUUCUUCAAGUCCGUCUUCGCCGACGAACACUUGGAGUCCUCCGACUCCGACGAGCCCCAAAACGACGACGUUCCCGCUCCCGAGUCGCCGCCGGAUUCGAAUUCCAGUACACCUUGGAGCUUCGGCGGUCUGAUCAAGACCUUGGCGACAAAAUCUGAGUCGGUUAUCCAGACGUACCGCAAGGAUCUCGAGGAGUUCGGCUCCGGCCUGAGGAUGGAGUCGGCGGUGAUCCGCGACGCCGCCUCACGCGCCGUCAAGGACCUCCCGGCGUCGCUCGAGGUCGGCGCCACCGUCGCUCAGGAGUCGCUCGAAUCGGUCGGCCAAGCGAUCGACGACAUCGGAAGCUCCGUCUGGAAAUCGACGGCCGAGAUCAUUUCUCAAGGCAGGGAUUCGCUUUUGGCCGCCGCCGACGAAGACUCCGACGCCUCCGAAAGCAACAGCCGGCAAUUAAGCGGCCGUCCGAGCUUCGAUUCGAAACCCUACAGUAGAUUCGAAGCUCAAUUGCGCGCGAUGCAGAGCAAUGCGAGCACUUACUUGGAUGAUCCUGAGGAUUUGGGGAAUUACGAGCUGUGGAAGUCGGGAUUCGGUUUGGACGAGAGAAAGGAAGAGACUGAGAAUCUGAUGAAGAGAGAAAAUGGAGAAAUCGGUGAGAUUUACGAGACUCUUGUUCCGAACAGUGUUGAUCACGAGAACUUCUGGUUCAGAUACUUCUACAAGGUUCAUAAGUUGAAGGAAUUUGAGGACGCAAGGGCUAAGCUCGUGAAGCGGGCAAUUUCCGGUGAAGAAGAGGAAUUGAGUUGGGAUUUCGAUGACGAAGAUGAAGACGAGGAAGAAGACAACAAAGCUCAAGAGAAGCUUCAACCGGAAUCGGAAUCUGCAAGCGCAAGUGAUAAUGUGGACAAGCCAGAGGCUGCAAAAUCUGCAGUAGUAUCUGAGGCAAAAGCUAGUGAGAGUUCUGAUUCUUGCAAAGACAGUGAUGUUUCGAUCGUGUCAAGGCCCGAGGAGGAAGAAGACCUCGAAUGGGAUGAGAUUGGAGACAUUGGAAGCAAUGAUGAGAGUAAAGCUGUGGGUGGUGGUUCUGGUGAAACCUCAAGUAGAGCUGAUUUGCGAAAGAGAAUGAGUAAUGCUGCUGAGGACGACGAGGAUCUGAGUUGGGAUAUUGAAGAAGACGUUGAUGAUGAGCAGCCUAAGAAAUCUUGAUAAAGUUCAUUGCUUUGGAGGUUGGACUAUCCCUUUGAUUGUUAGAAUUUAUUUUCGCCUGCAAAAAUGUGUUUCAUUUUACAUGCCCUGAUGAUAAUUCUUUAAUUUGGUCAAAUAUAUGGUAUAUACUAUGUAAAUACAGUACUUGCAUUUCCAUACCAAAUUAUUGGUAUAAAUAUGUUACCAUCUCAUUGUAAUAAAAGUUCCACUUCAACCGGGACCAAAAAAAAAAAAAAAACUUGAUGUGGGUUUCAAUGGAGGUGCUUUGCUUUAAUGCCUGAAUUUGUGGCUUACUCAACUGUUAUCACUAUGUUAUUAA